AUGUGGAUUCUUCCUGUGUUCCGUAGUUAUAAUUGUGGUCGAUUAGGGCACAAGGCCUCGACUUGUCAGUUGGUGUUGAGAUGUCGGCGUUGUGGUAAGCCGGGGCACAAGGAGCGAGAGUGUGAGGAAGAGACGAUGGGGUACACGAGGUCGAAGAGCACGUGCGAUGUACGGCCUUCGUUGAAGACUGCGUUGUCCCGGAAGUCUUCGACUUCCGUAAGUGAGGCGGCGGCGGGGAAGGCCCGACGAAGGACCGUGGAAGCGGGUGUACGGUGGGCUGAAGAGUUUGUGGGCCAACCAUCUGCGGAUGGGGGGUUACUGAGUGGUCCGUUAUCGCUGCUACAGGACUUCAGUGACAAGUGGGAGGAGGAUGACCCUUGUGGCUGGCCGGUGGAGUGCAAGUCGCCAACGGAUUUCCGGUCGGCGACUGAGUUCCGAUCGUCGGCGAACGAGUUCAGACCUCUGGCUGACUACGACGCGGAGUUGGGUGGUUGUGAGUACAAGGCUAGUAGUGAGUACAAGGCUAGUAAUGAGUAUAAGACGAGUAGUGAGUAUAAGACGGGUAGUGAGUACAAGUCGGCGAGUGAAUGCCGGACUACCCUGAGUGAGGGCAAGUCGGGGAGCGAGUGUAAGGCGACGAGUGAGUGUGCGUACAAAGGGGCCGAGAUGUUGGCAUCAGACGCGGAAGGGCUAACCUCGGACGCAGAGGGUCGCGUGUCCGACGCAGAGGCAGCGGCCCUGGCUUCCGACAGCUACCCAUUGUCCGCCGGCACAUUGGGCAGAGCGAGCCGCAUUUCCACGGGGCGCAUGUCGGCUGGCGUCCGUUCGUCUGGCACUCGCUCCUCCCCAGUCAUGCGUGCGUCGUCGGCCAUCAUGUAUGGGGCCACUGCAAGUAUGGAUUUAACGGACGGUGAGUUCGAACCGUUCCACACAUUCAAUGGAUCGUCAGGCGCUUACUACUCUCUCGAGAGGAGCAGCUAUAUUCCCGACGGAGGUCGCGGCCGCUUCGUUCGCGACGAGGACCGAAUCGGCAGCUAUUAUGGAUACGUGCCGGAGAGAAAACAAUCUCAUGCCAGCGGAACUCUUGUAAUAGCCAAAGGGGUGAAUCGAGACGAGUGCAUGAAUAAUUCCGUUGUCGCGGACGAGCCUGCUGCAGAACGAAAUGAGUCGUACAAGUACUACCAAGCCACUCUCUGCGUCCAGGGGAUCGCCAUGUGGAUAGCGAAUCCCGUGCUACUGCAGCAAGAUCGGGCCGCCUUUUUCGACAAUUAG